AGUGCAUUGCAGUGUAGCGACGACGACGGCGGCAGCUCAAACGCGCGCAUUUCGACCUGCAGUGAUCGUUACAAUAUACAUUAUAGUAUUCUAUUUUGUUGUGUAUACUUUGGUACRCGUCACGCGCGACCACAACGAUCAUCGUACUAUCGCUAAACAGUAUUAUAAUAUCGUCACUGCAGCAGCUACGCAUUACAUCAGAGCACGGCACCAGUUUAGGUACAGUCGACCGUCGCGUGUACUCGUGCGCCACGCUACGGUUACGGAUACGGUACGUUGCUACUCGCGGCGCGCGCGAUAAACGUUUAAACGCACGCGAGCGCGCACCCGUAUCGUCGCGUCUUAACGGUCGCGUUAAUCGCCGCGGCGGCGCGACCAAAGUUGCACACCGUGACGGCGGCACGCACGGCACCGGUAAAAUCCGAGAAAAAUAUUCGUAUAGUUAUCGUCCGGCGUUGCCGCCGCGACAGUCUCGUCGCAAUCGCGGUCGAUGCGCGUCGCGUAAAAGCAACGAGGAGUGCGUAUGCUGCUGCUGUUGCUGCAGCCGCUCCGGCUUAUCGCCCGCUGCUGCGGCGUUGCCGCCGACGAAGACGAUGCUGCUGGCCACCGACCGAUAACAAAGCUGACCACACCGUGGGCGGCGCAUGGACUUGCAACACCGACAACAACGACACUGUCCGUCACCGUCAUCUGACCGCCCUGCAGAAUUACAUGACCGACUCUCACAAAUGUUGUUGGAACCACAGCAGCAGCACGGUGGUGUUAACGAAGGAGGAAACGAGCGUCAUCGUCGCCAUGGGCGACACCACCACGAUGAGCACAUGAGUGACGGCGCUGGCGGUGGUGAUGAUCAUCAGCAACAACAUCAAAUGCUAUUACUGCACCAACACCAUCUGAACCAGCAACACUCACAGCACCAACAACAUCACCCGCACCCGCAAGGUCAUCAGUCACAGUUGCUUCAACAGUUGCCACAACACCAACAACAGCAUCAAGACAACGAACUGCAACAGCAACAACAAAUGCAGCAGCAACGCCAACACGAACAGUUGGACGGCCACCAUCAUCAACACCACCAACUACAUCACGACCAACAGUUGCACGAUCUCCACCACCAAAACUUACAACACCAGCAAAACCUACAACAGCACCAGCAAAGCCUACAACAACAACAACAGCAGCAGCAGCAGCAGCAGCAACAGCAGUAUGGCGAGGUGAACCAGCUCGGCGGCGUGUUCGUCAAUGGGAGGCCGUUGCCCAACGCGGUCCGAGUGCGCAUCGUCGAACUGGCCCGCGUUGGCAUCCGACCGUGUGACAUCAGCCGUCAGCUGCGUGUCUCGCACGGGUGCGUGUCCAAGAUCUUGGCCAGGUACCACGAGACGGGCAGCGUGUUGCCUGGCGCUAUCGGGGGUAGUAAGCCCCGGGUGACUACACCCAGGGUGGUGGCGUACAUUGGCCGGUUGAAGCGCAAAGACCCGGGCGUGUUCGCGUGGGAGAUUCGGGACCGUCUGCUCGCCGACGGCGUUUGUGACAAGUUCAACGUGCCCAGCGUGUCAAGCAUCAGCCGGAUACUGCGCAACAAGAUCGGAUCUGCGGGGCCGAACCAGAGUGCGGUGUCUCAGCAACCCACUGCUGCCAUGACCGGUGGCGGAGGCCUCUCCCCGACGACCGCCGCAGCGGCACACCACAUGUACGGCCCGUACCAUCACCACCAUCAUCACCACCCGUCCACAUCACCGUCAGCCGUAACCGCUGGCUAUCAGCUGCACCACCCCCAACACGGCCAAUAUCACCACCAACACCACCAGCUCUACCACAACCAUCACUACCAACAGCACCAACAC